AUGUCAAGCUCGCGGCAGCCUGGCCACCCAUCGCGUCGUGUUAACCAAUCUGUUUCCUCCACUACUUCCGCCGUUUCCGCCUCUUCCUCCCGCAGCGAGCGAUCCACCCGUUCCGCCGCGAACCCUGCAGUCGAGUCGGCCGUCACCCGCUUGCUCGUCUCCAUCAAGCAACUUCUCGAGUCCCUGACCAAAUGGAGCAGACAGGAGGUGACCGAGAACGACAUCAGCGACGUCUAUGUUCGACUGGGCAAUGACUUCAAUGCGGCAGUCGCGGCGUUUGCCCAGUUCAACAUUCAGAUGACCGAGCUCAUGGGAGUACCUGAGGAACUGCGUGGGAUUCUCGAGACGUGUCUGUCUGAAGAUGCAACAUCCGAGAACCUUGAACUGUAUCUGCCUGAAGUGCGCAAAAUCAUCACCAGCCUGCUCCAGGGCCUGCGCACAAAGCAGUCCGAGUAUCGCCAGAUAGUCUCUGAUCACAAACAUCGUUCCUCGGGCACCGAUCGCAGCGACCGCGAUAGCCGUUCUUCGCGUGCAGACCGCGCAUCCCGACGCGAGGUGGAUUCAGUGGCGAGAUCACAACAGCUGUCCCGUGGCUCGCUCGAACCCUCGGACAGCCUCUCACGGAGAGUAGCAAACAACAAACGGCGGGAGCCUUCCAUCAGUCAAGGCCGCCCGCCGACGAAUGGUGCUGAUUACAGUGACGGCCAUCCCAGUAGGUCCUCUACUCCAGUACAGCCCCAUGCGCCAGAACCCAAUGGAAUACCCGUUUCGCGGUCGCGCUCCGCGUCUGUCCUCGACGCGCAGCCAAAUGGGCAUCACUAUCCCGCCGGCGACCGCGAAGCUACACCGCGACACCACUCUGUGCCCGACCCAGAAUCCACGCCAGUCCCUGCCUCCCGACCACCUUCGCAGGUGCCGUCACAUGUAAAGCGGUAUUCGCUUGUCGACCGUCCCGUGUCCUCACCCACGCCUCCGCCCAUGGUCGUCGUCGAUGAAGUCCCAGCCGAACCCUCCCCGCCAUCCUCCACACCCGAAGCGCAGGACUCACCCGCGCGUACUCCUACCUCCGAGAGCCCGCCACACCGCCCGUCCGAUGCGGCGCCGACGCUUGAGACGCCUGGCGUGCAGACGUCGCUUGCCGCGCUUCGCAGCCGCGAUGCGCUGGAGCGUCGUGCGUCGAAGCGGUUCUCCACGUACAACAUCUCGAAGAUGACGGGCGGGUCCCUCCGCGAGCGCAAUGGCGCAGGCCCGAACGCGAACCGUCGGUCGCUCGCGGUGUCAUCCGCGCUCAGCCCAGGAGAGCUUGCUGUGCUCACCGAGGCGGACGAGGAGCCCGCCGCAGCGGCGGCAGCAGGCGCGGGCGCGCCGCCAGUGCCGCCAUUGCCGUCUCGCGAUCCUUCGCCGAUGGGGGUUGCGAUAGUCGACGUCCCACCGGCACCUCCGGAGAAAGGCCCGGACCAAGCGGCGACGUCUCGCGCGGCAUCGCCCACGGAGGCACGGCCACGGUCGUUCCCCGUCUUCUUGCAGGUGGGGAGGGAGGUCAAGAAGGCGGUGAUCGAGCCGGGGCUGUCGGUGUCGAGCCUGCGGGUGCUGUUCGUCGACAAGUUUGCGUAUAACCCGGGACAAGAGAACUUUCCGGGGAUCUACAUCCGGGACCCAUCGAGCGGGGUGCAGUAUGAGCUCGAGGAUAUGGACGAGGUCAAGCCAAAGUGCUUGCUGUCCUUGAAUAUCGAACCCCUCGACCAGAUCAAGCAGCACAUCGACCUGCAGAUAUCCUCUUUGUCGCAAGACAUCAAGGAUUUGCGCUCUGCCGUGGCAACCAAUCGCCGAACAUCACUGCAGCCACCACCCCCAAUGAUCAUCGCGCAGCCUCUCGCUGAGAGCUCACCCAUGACCGCGCGUCCCACGGAUCGUCAGUUCCGUCAUGUCGCCCGGCGCCUAUCACGUCUGUUACCGGAGGAUAGCACGCCGUUUGCGGAGGAGGAGUGGGUACAGCCGCAGAUGACGGGCGCGUCUAUCCAGCCUCAGAUGACGGGAGCGUCUGUCACAUCGGAGUACACCACGCGGGUCGUGACCGACCUGAAGACGCAGUUCGACGAGGUGCAGAACCUGCGGCGGGACCUGGGCAUCAUGCGGCAGCUGUACACGGAGUUCAUGAAGCAGACGAAGGAGUCCCUCGGCACGCUGCGCACGCAGACGCAAACGGUGAAGCAGCUCGCGAGCGUCAAGGUCGGCGGCGCGCGCGCAUACAUCGACGACGGGAAGGCGAAGCUCGACAGCCGCAGCUCGAACGUGCUCACCAAGAUGGAGGAGCUGCAGGACUCGGUCGAGAACAUCAAGGACGACGUGCUCAAGCGGAACGUGUCGCCGAAAACGCUCGUGCUCAAGGCGGUCAAGGCGGACAUGGAGGCCGUCGCGGCGGAGCUGCAGAGCCUGAAGGAGCACAUCCAGACUGUCAAGCCGAUGUGGAAGAAGACGUGGGAGGAGGAGCUGCAGAACAUCGUCGAGGAGCAGCAGUUCCUGCAGCACCAGGAGGAGUUCCUGAGCGACCUCCUGGAGGACCACAAGGCCGUGACGGAGGUGUACAGCCACGUCGAGAAGGUGAUCUCGCUGCGCGGGUCGACCGCCGCGCGCUCGGGGCGCAAGCCGGGGUUCAAGCCGCCGCCGAUGGACGAGGGGCACACGGGGAUGAGCACGGUCAUGCUCGAGAUCCGCGGGGCGGCGGUCGACCCGGAGCGGCGGCUCAAGGCGAUCGCGGCAAACGAGAAGCUGCGGGAGAAAGAGCUGGCGAGCCGCUCGGACGAGUUCCAGUCGGAGCUGACGGGCUUCGUCUCGGGCAAGAAGCUCAAGAUGACCGGGGGCGCGGACGAGGUCGAGCGCGUGCGGCAGCGGCGGAACGAGCAGACGCUGAAGGCGAUGUUUACGGGCAACGGGUCUACGUCGGGGACCGCGUCGUCGCCGAGUUCUGCACCGAGUUCUAUCCCGACAUCACCGUCAUUCGCAUAAGACAGGGUGUGCUGUACGACCCCCGUCGCCAUUGUCGACGGGUCCCUCCGUCGUGCACCGCGCACGCAAGACGGGCUGCGCCUAACAAGCGCGCCAGGGGUCAUCUCAGGAAGGUCGGUGCGCACGCUUUUCUGUACCCUCGUAGCCGGGGGAAAGGCGUUAUCUGUGUCUGAGGUGGUCUUUUGACGAUGGACAUGCUGCCUUGUAUACAUUCGCUGUUCGCAUUUCGACAUUCACUUUCGCAUGGAUCAUUCCCUGAUGUGCACAUGUUCUGUUAGGCUAUUCGAUAUAAUUGUAUCUUCUCAAUGUA